AUGUGCUUCUCGUUCGAGAGUCAUCAAUUAACUCAAAAUGAACCACAACCGUAUCAUUCUGAUAUGUUUCAAAAGAUGAUUCAAAAGGAUACAACUGUAUUUCCAAUUGCUGUAUUGAUAUAUAUGGACGACGUUGUGAAAUUUCGUACAAAAUCAAAGUCUACUUGUGGAAUUUAUUACACACUGUUAAAUUGGGAUUCUCAAUUAUGUUCGUCAAUGGAGUCUAUUCGAUUGCUAGGAUUUUGGGAAUUCGCAGACAAAUUAAUGAAUGAAAUCAAACAGUUGAACGGAUUCACUCUCACAGUGAUCCAUCCAUCCACAGGCCAAGAAAUUCCAAUUAGAAUUGAAGUUGCAGGUUUUAUUUGGGAUACUAUUGAGAAAUGGUUUUCCUUGCAACUGAUGAAAGACGAAUGUUCAAGGUGUUUAGAAACCAGUUCGUGUCAACAUCUUACUCCUAAUAUUUUAUAUGGAGCUUCGUUAUGCGAUCCUGAUUUCACUGUUGAGCCUAAGUCUAGAAAAAUAUUAGAAAUGAAAGAAAUUAUUCCUAAAAUUCCAGAAAUUAAACGCACAUAUCAACAAGCAUAUGUGAGAGAGAAAUGUUACGGCAUGAAUUUUCUCACUCUAGAAAAUAUGAAAGUGCUAUACAUGAAAUUAUCCAAGACAAAGCGAAACCAAUUACUGAAAACAUACUCAACAUGCACUCCAAUAGACAAUCCGUUCCUUAAAUAUCCGGAAGUAAUUGAUCCGUUUUGCAAUUCCCGAGGCUGA